AUCUUACGCACUUUCUAUAAUUGUUAUAGUGUUAUGGGAAACAAGAAAGAGAAAACUUUAAGGUCAAGCAUCUCAAUGAGAGAUAUUAUCUAUGAACAAGAAGAGCAAAUUGGAUUAGGUCCUCGUCAAUCCCGAUUAAUAUCAACGAUGAAGAAAAGUAGAGGAUUGAAAGGUGGUUCUAUGGUUAAUAUCAUUGGUGAGCUAGAGGAUACUGCAUCAAGCCCUUCUCAAACACCUUUAGUACCAUAUGCUAAUGAUGAUAGACCAGUUUUAGCAUCACCCCAAACUAAUGAUGAUGAUAGACCAGCAACCAAAAGAAAAAGGGGUCCGACAAAGUGCCUUAAAACUCAUGGUUUAAGCUAUGAGGAUCGGCUGCCAAUAAGAUUAAAUAAGUAUGGUCAACCAAUUGGUUGCAAUCGAGCCAAGUUAAGCAGUCAUUUAGGAACUUUGGUUAGAAAUGCACAUCUUGCUCCAUUGACAUACACAAGUUGGCAUGGACUUAAAGAUAAUUGGGAAGAUUUGUGGGAAGCUACCAUUGGAAAGUUUGACAUUGGAGAAAGAGCUAAAGGGUGGGUUUUCAAAACCUUAGAUUCAUCUUGGAGGACAUAUAAAAGUCGGUUAAAAAAUCAAUAUUUUAAAAAAAAUAUGCCACUAGUUUACAAUAUAAAGAAUUGUCCUCGUACUGUUCCACUUGAACAUUGGAAGAUUCUUGUUCAAUUUUGGAGCCUAGAUAUGAUUAAGGAACAAAGCAAGAAGAAUAAAGCUAGUAGAGCAAAGAAUACAAGUCAGCAUACAACAGGAUAAAAAAUAUUUGCUGAAAUACGUGAAGAGGAGGCAAUGAAAAAUCCUGAUAGAAGAGAACCAUCUCGGGUGAACAUGUUCUUUUUAACACACAAGUCAAGAGAUGGAAAACCAAUGAGUGAGGGAACAAGCAAAAUUUUUUCUGAGCUUGAGGAUGCCAUAGUUUCACAUCCUGAAAAAUUAGAAAGCACAAAUCAAGAUGAUAUACUUUCCCAAGUAUUAGGAAAAGAUCAACCCGGUCGUGUCCGUACUUAUGGUAGAGGUGUUGUAGCUUCAGAUUUGUGGGGAUCUAGAUCUCAAGUUGAGACGGAGAGGUUAAUUAAAGAAGUUAAAGAGAAUGCUCAAACAGAAAUUCAGAAUAUACAACAAAAGAUGCAAGAGGAGAUGGAAAUAAAACUUCAAGAAAGAGUGGAGGACAUGAAGUCACAGAUGUUGUGUGGAUUUAAUGUAUUUUUGAAUCAACUACAGAAAAAUCUCCCAGGAGUAGAAAUUCCAAAUCUCUUUUUUCUGUCAACUACUUUAAAUACGAAGGAAGUAGAAGCUACUGCAACAGCAAAUCAUGAAGUUUUUACUGCUGAAAAAGAGGUUCUAAGUAAAUCAUCUACUAUAACAGAAGAUGUUUUUAAAUCUCAUACUAAGUCAUUAUCUCAAACAAGGGAGAAGAAUGUGAUUCUUUCACCUAAAAAGAAGCAGGCUUUUUGUUCUUCUCUUACUCAAGAAGUUCUUGACUUGAAAUUGGAGAAAAUGAAGCAUGACCAGCAUAAGAAAAGAUCAAAAAAGAAGAAAGUGGUGUGCUUGUAAUAUUGAGAUGAAUUUGUGAUUUUUGUGAAUUUAAUGAAAGAGAUAAACUUGUACAAUGAUUAUUGAUUAAAGAGGCUAUAAAAAUUUCAUUUUGUGAAUUUGUA